AUGUCCUUCUCUUGUGGGGAGCAUUUAGAGGCGGUCCGGAAAGAAAUGACUGUUUUAGCUAAUCAAUUACAAAUGAGCAAACAAGAGGUGGAGAAGGUGAAGAUGGACACGACAAGUUUUCAACAACAACUCAACGCUUUAAGUGAACAGGCACUUCAGAGUCAAAUGGAAAUGGUAAAAAACCAGGAGGCCACGAAACGGUUGCAUCAUAUUAUAUCAAGUUAUUUGCCCAUGUUGCCACCGGAAUAUCAGGUAAUUGUUAUUUCAUUUUCUUUUAUAGACGAGCUGGUU